CCAGUCGCUGAGCCUAUCCCAAUAUGCAGUUUUUGUCUGGGAACAAAGGAGCAUAACCGAGAGAAGAAACCAGAGGAGCUCAUAUCAUGUGCAGACUGUGGAAAUAGCGGUCACCCGUCCUGUCUUAAGUUCUCUCCUGAACUCACAGUACGAGUUAAAGCCCUCCGCUGGCAGUGUAUAGAGUGCAAAACCUGCAGUUCGUGCCGUGACCAGGGCAAGAAUGCUGACAAUAUGUUAUUUUGUGAUUCGUGUGACCGUGGGUUUCACAUGGAGUGCUGCGAGCCACCCCUUACACGAAUGCCAAAAGGCAUGUGGAUAUGUCAGAUCUGUCGACCACGGAAGAAAGGCAGAAAGUUACUUCACAAGAAGGCAGCACAGAUCCGAAGACGUUACACUAACCCCAUUGGAAGGCCUAAAAAUCGUUUAAAGAAGCAGAAUGCAUCGUCUAAAGCUCCAUUUGGUAAAGGUCGUGGUGGCCAAGGGAGAGGGAGGAAGCGCAAGUUAUCAACGUGUACAUCUUCAUCAGAGGAGGAUGGUAGGAACUCUGAUCCUACACAUGGCUGUGGUCCUACUGUUCCCUUCAACAAGAAGACAAAAGGUCUCAUUGAUGGCUUGACUAAGUUCUUCACUCCUUCUCCUGAUGGACGCAAGGCACGAGCGGAAGCAUUGGACUAUUCCCUUCAGCGUUCACGUAAGAGAGGGCCACGCAAGUCUGGACAGAUGGACUGGGACAAUCGAGAUGGUUGGGAUUGCAAAACAGAUACAGAUGACCGACUAGGAAUGGUUCCUGAAAAAGAAAUUGAACUUUUUGAAGACAUUCAGCAACAGGCACUGCAGAAAGUGGGUGUCAGUGGUCCCCCUGACCCACAAGUCCGCUGCCCAUCUGUCAUAGAAUUUGGAAAAUACGAAAUUCAGACGUGGUACUCCUCUCCAUACCCACAGGAGUACACAAGACUUCCCAAGUUGUACCUUUGUGAAUUCUGUCUCCGUUAUAUGAAAAGUCAAACCAUGCUACAGCAGCACAUGAAAAAAUGCGGCUGGUUCCACCCGCCUGCCAAUGAGAUAUACAGGAAGGACAACCUCUCAGUCUUUGAGGUGGAUGGAAAGGUCAGCACGAUCUACUGCCAAAACCUCUGCCUUCUGGCCAAGCUCUUCCUUGACCACAAGACCUUGUAUUAUGAUGUGGAACCCUUCCUCUUCUAUGUGCUGACCCAGAAUGAUGGAAAAGGUUGUCAUUUGGUUGGCUAUUUCUCUAAGGAGAAGCAUUGCCAACAGAAGUACAACGUGUCCUGCAUCAUGAUCCUUCCCCAAUACCAGAGAAAAGGAUACGGCCGCUUCCUCAUAGACUUCAGUUAUCUUUUGUCUAAGCGUGAAGGUCAAGCUGGUUCUCCAGAAAAGCCACUCUCAGACCUUGGCCGUCUAUCUUACAUGGCCUAUUGGAAGAGUGUGGUAUUGGAGUGUCUACACCACAACCGGGACCAUCAGCUGAGUAUCAAGAAACUUACCAAACUGACGGGGAUAUGUCCCCAGGACAUUGCAGCUACAUUACAUCAGUUGCACAUGCUCGAGUUACGAGGAGAACGGAUUGUGAUGGUGCGCCGAGAAAAACAAAUACAAGCCCACAUGAGCCGCCUGCACGCUCGGCCGCGGCAGGUGGAAGUAGACCCAGAGGCCUUGAGGUGGACACCUGUCAUAGUGACCAACUCUGUGGUAUCUGAUGAUGAAGUGGAGUCUGAAGAUGAGGAAGAGGAGGGAGAAGGGCAGCCCCUUAAAGAAAACAAUACACCAGUGUUACGAAGCAUGUCUCUAGAUUUCAAAGAGAGAGACGCAUGCCCUGUGUUGGAGAAGGAGAAAAGUCCACCUCCGCGGCCUCUCAGUCCACAGUCAACAGUACCUUGCUUUCCAAAUCCACGGCAUUUUCAGGAUUUAUUGCGGGAAAGCAUACCCUCUAAUAACCCACCUUCAGGAAAGAGAGGACGUCGAGGGAGACGAGGGCGCCGUGGACGGGCUCCCUGCUCCGCUUCCAGCAGAAGUGCCGAUCUGCUGCGCUUACUGGCAAGGGAAGUCCCAGGACCUCCAAGGCGCAAUGGUGAACGUGGCCGUUCUGGCUCUCGGAGAGGGAGACUGAAGAGACUGGCAGACUCUAUCCUAAGAAGAGACUUCUUAGAGCAUCAGGAAAGGCUCUCCCAGCGGUAUGAGAGUGAACGCUCCCAGUUAAGAAGGUUUAGUGAGAGCAGUGAGGAGGAGGAGGAGGAUGAAGAAGAUGACGAAGAAAAUCGCAGUCUGCGUUCCGAGUCCCCACCUAUUCUCACCAAACCAACGCUCAAACGCAAGAAGCCCGGGCCACAUAGAAGACGGCGUGUGCGGCGGCGUAAGCACCAUCACAACAGCAGUGUAGUAACCGAAACCAUAUCUGAGACUACCCAGGUGUUAGAUGAACCAUUUGAUGAUUCUGACUCUGAGCGUCCUAUGCCAAGACUGGAGCCAGAAGAGGAGGGAAACGACCGAGGCGGCCCAUUCCCUCCAGGCUACUUCCCCUACCUCACCCCGCACACUCUUCUGAGACGCAACCGCCCCUUGGGCAAAAGGAGAUCAAUCAGCGAGCAACUACAAGCGGCAUCAAUGCAGCCACCUGUGGCAAAUCUACACCCUCCAGAGGAUAAACCGGCCGUACCGGAGACCCCUGCUCCUCCACCUGUAAAGAAGAAAGGAUGGCCUAAAGGGAAGAGCAGAAAACCUCUUCACUGGAAGAAACGACCUGGGCGUAAACCAGGUUUCAAGCUCAACCGGGAUCCCCCUCCUGCUCCAGAGCCCACACAUCAUCCCCCUCCUGCCCGGCCUGGGCGCAAACCAAGGAUACGUGAUAGAGAGGAAGAGCCUCCAGCAGAGGAUAAAGUCCCUGAGAUAAAGGAACAAGAAGAGGAAGAGACACAAACAGUGGUAGAAAAGACUAAUGAUGAAGAGGAGCCCGAGACUGUCAUCACUGCUGUGCAACCAGCAUCCCCUUCUGAGAGCAGCAGCAGUAGUAGCAGUAGUAGUGAUGGUUCCUCCCGGGAAGUAGAAAAUCAUUCAGAGUCUCCAGAACUGCAAAGAGAGCCUGUAGAAGAGCCACAACCUAUUGCUGAAGAGCAAGAACCAGAAGAAGAGGAGGAAGAAAAAGUGCUGGAGGAAAAAGAAACAAUAGCACCUGCAUCAAAUCACCAAGAAGAUCAUGAUGCCGAUGAUGAAGAUGAAGGGGCAAAGGAGGCCGAUGAAGGGGAAGAUACAGAACAGGGCCCUGUUCCUGAGGAGCCAGAACCACAGGAACCUUGCGUUGGAAGCAGCAGUGAAGAGGAGGAGAAAGCAGAAGGGGAGCAAGAGGCAACAGAGGUGCCUGAUCAACCCUCCUGUCUAGAAGAGGAAGAGGAGAGUCCAGAAAAGGUAGACGAGGACCCCAAAGAGGAAGAAGAGGAGGAUGAUGCUGAGGAGGAAAUCCCCCACACUGAGUUAGACUUAGAGACUGUGCAAGCAGUGCAAUCAUUAACGCGGGAAGAAGGCAGUGAACGUGAUGAUGGCACAUAUGGGGAUUGUGAGGAUGAGACCCUGACAGCUUGCCAGACUUUGCAGAGUUUUACACAAGCAGAGGAGGACCCACAGUUGGGCUUGUCAGAUGAAUGCCAUCCCUCUGCCCAUGGUAGUCCAAUAUCUUCAGUUCAUUCUCACCCCAGUCAGUCGGUGCGCUCAGCAAGCAGUCCCAGUGUGCCUCCAGCACUGGAAAGUAAUGGAACUGGGGCUUAUCCGCAAAUCAGCCCUGAUGCAGGAUCUCUCUCUGCUCCAUCUAUGCAGAACCUGGAAACAACCAGCCCAAUGAUGGACGUGCCCUCUGUGUCAGACCAUUCACAACAGGUUGUGGAUAGUGGGUUCAGUGAUUUGGGCAGUAUUGAAAGCACGACUGAAAACUAUGAAAAUCCCAGCAGUUAUGACUCCAGCAUGGGAGGCGGCAGCAUAUCCUCCCAAAGCAGCUGUUCGUAUGCCAGUGGUGGAAAUGCUAGUGGAGCUGGGGGGCUGCCUUCUUCUGCCAGCAUGGCACAAAAUGGGUGUGUUGUGAGCCAACAAAUGGCUGGAAUGGCAAGCAUGCUGCAAACGACGCAGGCUUGUAGCAUUAAGUCACCACAGAAUUGUGCCUCAGAACGCCCUCCUAGCAGCAGCAGCAACAACCAGCCGCCACCCCCUCCUCCACCACCUCCGAUGCCCCCUCAGCAGCCCCAACCUCCCCCACAGCAGCAGCCCCCAAUGUCACAGUGCAGUAUGAACAACAGCUUUGGCCCCUCACCAAUGAUCAUGGAGAUCCCAGACCAGAGUAAUGGCAGCAAUCUCAGCAUCUACCCAGGGGAUUUUGGGGCUGGUGGCUAUUCUCAGCCCUCAGCCACUUUCAGCCUGGCAAAGUUGCAGCAGCUUACCAACACUAUCAUGGACACUCAUCCUAUGCCUUACAGCCAUGCUCCGGCCGUCACCUCCUAUGCAAACAGUGUGUCCCUUUCUAACCCAGGCCUUCCCCAGCUUACUUCUUCUCAUCCACUAGCAGGGGCAUCCCAAGCACAAGCCACCAUGACCCCACCUCCUGCCAUGAACCUACUCCAGUGCAACAUGCCAACGGGCAACCUUGGCAUUCCCCACAGCCAGCGUAUUCAGAGUCAAAUGCCUGUCAAGGGGCAUAUUUCAAUCCGCUCCAAAUCUGCACCACUGCCCGCUCCUCCAUCCCCUCACCAGCAACAGUUGUACGGGCGCAGCACGCCAGGUAUGCAGCCUGCAACUCGGGCACUUACCGUCCAGCGAAGCAUGAACAUGGGUGUCAACCUUAUGCCCACCGGACCGUACAAUGUCAACACCAUGAACCCACUCAAUGCCAUGGGAGGGUACCGCAUGUCCCAACCUAUGGUCAACAGCUCCUAUCAUAGCAACGCAGCCUAUAUGAACCAGACAACACAGUACCCCAUGCAGGUUGGCAUGGGCAUGAUGGGUGCCCAAGCCUAUACCCAGCAACCUAUGCAGCCGAAUCCCCAUGGAAAUAUGAUGUACACACCACCUCCUCACCACUCCUAUAUGAAUUCCCCUGCAGUCCCCAAACAAACUCUCAACUCCCCCUAUAUGAGGAGAUGA